UGCCGCUGCGCGCUGACGUAUGCGGAAGGCGCCGGCCGCUACAUGGCCCUGUCUCCCUCCCUCAGUCCGGGGGCUAGUAGUGUAGAGAAGAUGGCAGAAGACCGCGGUUUUGGAGAGCCGGAGCGGCCGCAAAAAGACUGCUGUGGUGGCGGAGCUGCUUCAUCCCCCAGGCCCACGGACGAAUUAGUCAGCUCGGUGUCGCUUUACCGCCGGCGGCCCCGGAUACUGCACGGCACUGUGCUGCCCUUCGUCGCCGUGCUCUACCCGGCCUGGCUCUAUUUGUGGUUGGCCGUAUAUGGAGCAGCAGAAUAUCCAGAGGCCGGCCUUAUCUCCUUCGCGGUCAUCGGCAUCGCGCACGUCCUCACUGCGCUGUCGGGUCACUGGUCUGUGGACGCGCACUGCUGGCUCACCUGCUCCAAGGAGCCAAACCCUCAAAAGGCCACGCUAGCUAAAGUGGUUCCAACUCCUAAUAAUGGAUCUGCUGAGCUGGUUGUUCUUCAGAGAGAUAUGGACGAGGACGGGCGGGAAGUUAUCUCAUUCGAGUUUCAGAAGAUCCGCUACUGGUACGACUGUGACGAGAAAAAUCGCUUCAUACCCGUGGCCUUCCCUGUUGACCAGUCAUUUGGUUAUUAUCAAAACUGGAAAGGCUACCAAGAAGAGGCAGAGUUGCGCAUGGCAGAAAAGAAAUAUGGGAACAACAAGGCAGAAAUGAUGGUACCAGAAUUCUUGGAGCUGUUCAAGGAGCGUGCCACAGCACCCUUCUUUGUCUUUCAGGUAUUCUGUGUUGGCCUGUGGUGCCUAGAUGAGUAUUGGUACUACAGUGUCUUCACUCUCUUUAUGCUGGUAGCCUUUGAGGCCUCUCUUGUACAACAGCAGAUGAGGAACAUGUCAGAGAUAAGAAAGAUGGGCAACAAACCCUACAUGAUACAGGUUUACAGAAGCAGAAAAUGGCGGCCAAUUUCCAGCGAUGAGCUAAUUCCUGGAGACAUUGUUUCUAUAGGUCGCUCUCCCCAGGAGAAUUUAGUUCCAUGUGAUGUGUUGCUCCUGCGUGGUCGAUGUAUUGUGGAUGAGGCCAUGCUGACUGGCGAGUCUGUCCCCCAGAUGAAAGAACCUGUGGAGGAUCUGGAUCCCAACCACCUCUUAGAGCUUCAGCUGGACUCCCGGCUUCAUGUGAUAUCUGGGGGAACAAAAGUAGUCCAGCAUACUCCACCUCAGAAGGCCAGCGCUGGAUUGAAACCUGUUGACAAUGGAUGUGUAGCUUAUGUGCUGCGGACUGGAUUUUACACCUCACAGGGCAAGCUAUUACGCACUAUUCUCUUUGGGGUAAAGAGAGUUACAGCCAACAACCUGGAGACAUUCAUUUUCAUCCUCUUCCUCCUUAUCUUUGCUGUUGCUGCUGCUGGUUAUGUCUGGGUUGAAGGAACAAAGGACCUAAGCCGUAACCGCUACAAACUCUUUUUGGAAUGCACGCUGAUUCUUACUUCUGUUGUGCCACCUGAGUUACCAAUCGAGCUCUCGCUGGCAGUCAACACGUCUCUCAUUGCACUGGCAAAACUCUAUGUCUACUGCACAGAGCCGUUUCGAAUCCCCUUUGCUGGCAAGGUGCAGAUCUGCUGCUUUGACAAAACCGGCACUCUUACCAGUGAUAACUUGGUGGUGAGGGGUGUAGCGGGACUCAGGGAAGGAAAGGAAGUGAUGCCAGUGUCUGACAUUCCUGUAGAUACACACAGGGUGGUGGCAACUUGCCAUUCCCUAGUGCAGAUGGAUGAUGGGACAUUAGUGGGUGAUCCAUUGGAGAAGGCCAUGCUUACAGCUGUCGACUGGACCCUAACCAAAGAUGAAAAGGUAUUUCCUCGCAGUAUUAAAACUCAGGGUCUGAAGAUUCAUCAGCGUUUUCACUUCGCCAGUGCUCUAAAGAGGAUGUCCGUUUUGGCAUCCUACGAGAAGAUGGGCUCAAGCGACCUGUGUUACAUCUCCACCGUCAAAGGUGCACCUGAGACACUUCACAGCAUGUUUUCAGAAUGCCCAGAAGAUUACAAUUCAGUUCAUACAGAGAUCUCCAGAGAAGGAGCCCGUGUGUUGGCAUUGGGUUACAAAGAGCUAGGACACCUUACCCAUCAACAAGUGAGAGAAAUGUCAAGGGAUGACUUGGAGUGCAAUCUGAAGUUUGCUGGCUUCAUAGUGGUGUCCUGUCCGCUCAAGUCUGACUCCAAAGCAGUUAUCAAAGAAAUUCAGAAUGCGUCACAUCAUGUUGUGAUGAUCACUGGUGAUAACCCACUGACAGCAUGCCACGUGGCACGAGAACUUCACUUCCUACAAAAGGACCACACUCUGAUCCUGCAGGCACCACAAGCUCCAGGCUCACAGUGGGAAUGGCAGUCUAUUGACUGCACUGUCCAGCUACCUCUCAUCCCACCAUCUCUGAAGGACCUGGUCCAGCAGUAUGAUCUGUGUGUCACCGGUGAAGGACUGUCCUGCCUGAAAGCACAGGACUCUGGUUUACUGGCACAACUUAUCCCACACAUCCAGGUGUUUGCCAGGGUUGCCCCUAAGCAGAAGGAGUUUGUAAUAACAAGCCUAAAAGGAAUGGGAUUUGUCACACUCAUGUGUGGAGACGGCACCAACGAUGUAGGGGCUUUGAAACAUGCAGACGUAGGUGUUGCGCUGUUGGCCAACGCACCCGAGAGAAUACCUGAGAGACGGAAGAAAGUGCGGGAAGGACUGAAUGAUGCCAAACCAUCCGUGCUGCCUGGCUCUAGUGGAAACAUGAAGCUAAGCUCGCGGGCUGCCAGACAAAGAAUGAUGUCCCUUCGGGAAGAACAGCUUGCCAUGCAAAGGGAACGAAUCAGUCAAGUGUUUAAAGACCUAGAGGAUGAUCAGGUUCAAGUUGUCAAGCUGGGAGAUGCGUCGAUAGCAGCACCCUUCACCUCCAAACUCUCCUCCAUUCAGUGCAUCUGCCAUGUGAUCAAGCAGGGUCGCUGUACCCUUGUCACCACUUUGCAGAUGUUCAAGAUAUUGGCACUAAACGCACUCAUCCUGGCAUACAGCCAAAGCGUCCUGUACUUGGAGGGCGUCAAGUUCAGCGAUUUCCAAGCUACACUGCAGGGCCUCCUGCUGGCUGGGUGCUUCCUGUUCAUCUCCAGGUCAAAGCCCUUGAGGACACUGUCGAAAGAGCGCCCCCUGCCAAACAUCUUUAACUUGUACACGGUACUGACAGUGCUGCUGCAGUUCCUGGUCCAUUUCUGCAGCCUGGUUUAUCUUUAUCGAGGAGCCCAGUCACGCAGCCCUCCCAGGAAAGAACAGUUUGUGGACCUUUACAAAGAGUUUGAACCCAGCCUUGUAAACAGCACCGUUUAUAUCAUGUCCAUGGCCAUGCAGAUGGCCACGUUUGCCAUCAACUACAAGGGCCACCCGUUCAUGGAAAGCCUGCGAGAGAACAAACCUCUCCUUUGGAGCAUCGUGGUUUCUGGUCUGGCAAUAGUUGGCCUGCUUAGCGGAUCAUCCCCAGAAUUCAAUGAGCAGUUUGCUCUUGUAGACAUUCCUACUGAGUUCAAGCUGGUGAUUGCUCAGGUGCUGGUGGUUGACUUCAUGUUGGCUCUACUGGUGGACAGACUCCUACAGUUCUUGCUAGGCAACGCUAAGCUCAAAGUGCUGUCUUGAGUACUUCUAGCACUUGCCACUGUGAGGGUGGCGGCUGGUGCUUUGACAUAAAACUGGAGUGAACUGAGUACUGCUGGAGAGCCGGUGACCAUUGCCAACCAACCAACCAACCAACAAACCAGCCAGCCAGCCAGACAGACAACCCCCUCUCCCCUCCCUUCCCAUCCACCCCGGGCUCUCGCUCUACUCAAACUGCGCCCCACCUGAGCCUCGCGCCGCUCCAGGCUUUGAAUCUGUUUACACUUCAGGACUCGACAAAGAACCCGAGGAGACGGGGUGAAUCACGGACAGCCAGGCUGACCACCUAAGGUGAAGAUCUCAAGAGAGGGAGGGGAGGAAAACUGUAUUUUGGAGGGGGGGUGUGGUGCGCAGCAGCCAUUACACUUCUUCAAGCAACAGAUGGCAUUACUUUGGUUCCUUUCAUUACACGGUUUGGACUUUAACUUUCCCAUUACCCCUCUUUAAUGCUGACAUGGAGAACAGUGUCUCAACACUGAACACAAGCAAUAUCACCAUCUGCUUUGGCCAGCGAAGGCAUCAUUGGGUGAAAUUACUCGAGUUUAAAUUACUUGUUGCAAAUUACGCAGAAAAAUAUCACUUGGUUAAAAAUCCUGCCAGCCCCCAGAGAAGAUGAUCUGGACAAUUUUUAACUAAGCAGAAAUUGCUAUUUUUUUGGGAGGGAGAGAAGAAAUGUAUGUAUAUAUGUAAGCAUGAGAGUAUUAUGAGAGCUGCCUUAUGUGAUAGCAUUAAGCCAGACAAGACACUCAAAGUUUGGGAUCUGUAAAUGCCAGAGACGUACCUGUACAGCUUUUUUGGGUUUUUCUUUUCCCCUCUCCUCCCCGGAUAGAGCCGUGUUUGCUGCCUGCAGAUGUCCGACUGGUGAAUUUGGUUUUUUGUUUUUUCUCUCCUGUGUCCGACGGGGAAGGAAUUUUUCUAAUGUCAGGAUACCGAGAGAGAGACAGAGAAAAAGAAGCAGAGGCCCUGACUCGUCUGUAAGUCCAUUUUCACUCAUUACAGAAUUUUCACUGAAGUUAUUUUUUUUUUUUUUGUCUUAUGUUAAUUUUUAUAAAUACAGAAUUGUAACAAACAAUAAGGGGAGAGGACAAAAAUAUGCUGCUGAUGGGAACUGCAUUUAUUAUAAAGGGCUGCCUAUUUUGUGAGGGGAAGGGGUGCGUGUUUUUCAGAAAGCAUUUCAAUUGGACUUUGUGUAGACUGGCAGUUAAGGCGUGCCAGUGCUGAAGCCCAAAUGUGUGUGAGCCUCCCGAGUGGCACUGCUGUGAAUGGCU